AUGGCAUCCAGCGAUACUGCUAGCAAUUCUCCGGGCUGGACAACCGUCGACCCGCAUGAAUUCCGCGAGAGUUCAGAAGAUCAAUGGACUCACGAGGCUCCUCCUCUCAUCGCCAUUGUCGGAAUGGCUGCACGGCUGCCUGGUGGCAUUUCAUCCCCCGAAGACUUUUGGCAAUUCAUGAUUGACAAGAGAUGCGCAUCCGCUCCAGUUCCUGCGGGGAGAUACAAUGUGGACGCCUUCCACGGGACUCCUGGCGUGGAUACACAAUCGGUAAUUGCCAAGCACGGCUUUUUUCUUGACGGCGACUAUCUGGGAAAAGUUGAUACUUCCUUUUUCCAUAACAAUCGAUACGAGCAUGGGUUUGUAGACCCCCAACAGACUAUUCUAUCGGAAGUGGUUUGGGAGUGCAUGGAGAGCGGCGGACAAGUCAAUUGGCAAGGCAAGGAAAUUGGAUGUUUUGUAGGCACCUUUGGGGAGGACUGGCUAGAUCUCACAGCGAAGGACACCCAAAACCUGAACCCGCUCCACGUCGUAGGAACUGGGGACUAUGCGGUAUCCAACAGAGUAUCAUUCGAAUACGACCUCAAGGGCCCGUGCAUGACUUGUCGAACUGCUUGCUCAUCCUCGCUUGUGGCUCUCCACGAGGCAUGUCAGGCAAUUGCUCUCGGCGACUGCCCUUCAGCGAUAGUUGGAGGUUCCAGCCUGAUUUUCACUCCCACAAUGACGACCAAUAUGUCACAGGCCGGGGCAUUGUCUCCUGACGGGAUCUGUAAAACAUUCGAUGCGGAAGCCAACGGUUACGCCAGAGCGGAGGGAGUAUGCGCCUUGUAUAUAAAGAAGCUAGACGAUGCCAUCCGUGACAAAGAUCCAGUCCGUGGCGUCAUACGAGCGGUUGCGACAAAUUUUGAUGGCCGAACAAACCACAUCACGGUCCCAUCAUCGGCCGGACAAGAGGCGCUGAUCCGGAAGGCCUACCGAAAGGCCCAUCUCGAAAAUCUUGCAGAGACCGCAUUUGUUGAAUGUCACGGCACGGCCACCCGGGUGGGGGAUGUCGUUGAAACCACUGCCGUGGCCGAUGCCUUCGGACGCCAUCCCAUGAUUAUCGGAGGGGUGAAAUCGAACAUUGGUCACACCGAGGGCGCAGCGGGUCUCGCAGGCCUGAUUAAAGCAGUGCUUGCUCUGGAGCACAGACAAAUUCCUCCCAACGUCAACUUUUCGACACCAAAUCCAAACAUUCCGUUUGACGAAGCAGGUUUGACGGUACCUGUUGAUAUUCUCCCCUGGCCAGCCGACCGCAAAGAACGAGUCAGUGUCAAUUGCUUCGGGGUUGGUGGUACCAAUGCCCAUGUCAUUGUGGAUUCAGCCGCAUCGAUGAUGCCCCCAAAGGCAAUAGCGGCAUUGGGGACGAACAACAAUAGUCUGCGACUCUUGCCAUUGUCAGCUAGUGGCCCUAAGUCCCUUGAUCAGCGGGCGAUGGACAUAAAAGAAUACAUUUCCCGUCAUCGUGAGGCAGUGCCCGAUCUGGCUUAUACCCUCUAUGCAAAGCGAGAGCAUCUUCGUCACAGGGCAUUCGCAGUUACCGGUGGAGAAGUUUCACUUGAUUCUAUUGAAUUCACCAAAGCCGACAAUACAAAGAAUGGAUCAAAAAUCGUGACAUUUGCAUUCCCUGGCCAGGGAGCUCAGUGGGCAGGAAUGGGUGCGGAGUUGAUGAAAAACUUUACGUCCUUCAGGAAGGACGUAGAAUACAUGGACCGGGUACUGCAGAGUCUGCCCAACGCACCCACGUGGAGGAUGCACGAGCGCCAUCCUGAAGAGGAGUUGGUUAAAAUAGACCCCGAGAGUGACAUUAACCGACCCGAUAUAGCACAGCCUCUGUGCACUGCGGUUCAGAUUAGUUUGGUAAAUCUUCUCAAAUCAUGGGGAAUCACCCCAGACAAAGUCAUAGGCCAUUCCAGUGGAGAGUUCGCAGCGGCCUAUGCAGCCAACGCCUUGUCCAUGGCUACGGCAAUCAUAUUGGCCCAUACUCGCGGGAUAAUUGCCAAUAUGGCUCCCGAGGGAGGCAUGCUCGCAGUGGGGGUUGGCAGAGACAGUAUCAGUCAAUAUCUGGGCGACGCAGUGGAAUUGGCAUGCGAAAAUAGCCCGAACAGCGUCACCCUUGCUGGGAGCCGUGAUCAGCUGGAAUGUGUGGCAACUCGAAUCCAAAAUGAACAGCCGGACACUCUUUUGAAAAUGCUACCGGUUGAGCGGGCGUAUCACUCCGGAUUUAUGGCUUCCGUGGGUGCCGAGUACGAAGAGCUCUCACGGCAUCACCUAGUCAGCCAUCCCGAGGAAAUGACCCCAAUGUACUCAACGGUAACUGGAACAGUAAUCACAAAGCCUAGUGAGCUUGAUGCGGCGUAUUGGCGACGAAGCUUGGAAUCUCCCGUCUUAUUCUCCUCUGCUUUUCAGAACUUAGCCACAUCCACGCAGAGCAAACACCAGGUCGUGAUAGAGAUAGGGUCUAACUCAGCACUCCGGGGGCCAAUCCAGCAAAUACUCCGCUCGGUCAGCAUGAGCUUUACAUACUGUGCGACAAUGAGAAGCAACGAAAGUAACCUGUCUCGCAUCCUCUCUGUCGCUGGAACAGCUUAUGUCAACCACCUACCUGUUGAUCUUCUCGCUGUCAAUGGUGGGUAUCAGGGCGAAAUACUCACUGACCUUCCUCCCUACCCAUGGCAGCGCGAAGAAAUCCCCUGGGCGGAAACUCGCAUCAGUAAACAAUGGCGCCUGCGCCAAUUCCCCCGUCAUGAGCUUCUCGGAGCGCGAUGCCUGGAAUCCAAUGACUUCGAGCCUGCAUGGCGAAAUAUCCUGAAGGGUGAGGAGGUUCCCUGGAUUAACCACCAUCGCAUGAUGGGCCUUGUCGUAUUUCCAGCCGUUGGAUACGUGGCAUUGGCAUCGGAAGCCAUACGCCAAAUAACUGGCCAAACUACCUGCACAAUAGAGCAAGUUCUGCUCAUGGAAGCCCUCGUUCGAGAUGAGGAUGAAAUUGAAAUAAUGACAACGCUACGAAAGAUGACAUUGAAUGCUACUAUGGACUCGGACUGGUAUGAGUUCACGGUAUGUUCUUACAAUGGUCAAGGAUGGACUAAGCAUUGCUCUGGGAAGGUGAGAGGAGGCACAGACCAGCCCCUUCCGUCUAAAAAGAUUUCAGAGCCAUUCACCAGACAUAUUUCAUCGUACCAAUGGUACCGCAGAUGCGAGAAAAAAGGCCUUGAAUAUGGGUCCCGGUUCGAAGGACUGCAGGAUAUUACUGCAAGUCCACUAACGAAUGCAGCUCGUGGGCGGGUGGAGGAUGACCGCGAACUCCAUGACAGCUAUUACGCAAUACACCCAACAAUUGUGGAUCAGUGUCUUCAAGUAAUGCUGGUUGCCAGUGACAAGGGGGUCUCGCACUAUCCUGACAAGGCGGGCAUGCCGUUGUAUAUCGACCGGGUGUACCUGGCCCCAGGAAGCAGCUCAAUGCUCGUCGAGGCGACGACGACUGAUUCAACAAAAGAAAGUCUAAGUGGAUACUUCAAAGUAGUUUCUGAGUCAACGGGUGACGUCGUUCUAGAAAUGAAGGGACUGCGCUUAUUGCCUAUACCGGAAGCUGGCCAAGAAACGAAAGGAUCGAAGUUUGCAACACAUAUCCAAUGGAAGCCGGAUAUUAGGUUCCUGCCGGCGGCCCAACAAGUACCAUCGCCCAUUGACAUAAGCCAACAGAAGACUCAAUCUCUGGCCAUAGCCGGAUUUCUCUUAAUAUUCGAGAUGAUAGAUGCUCUGGGAUCUCAGACUUCGCUACCCUCUCACUUGGAGAAUUACAGAAAACUCAGUAUGGACAUAGGCAGGAAAGUAUUCCAGGGGGAAUAUGACCAUAUUCCAGGUGUCAAGCAGAUUAAGAACAUGGAUAAGGAUCAACGCAAGGCCCUGUUCAAAUCCUUGCAGGGCCAAUAUCCCGAUGCUAGGGUUGAACGAUGCUAUAACGACGCUUGGGCGUAUGCCAGUGAGCAUCCGGACCAGCUGAUAAGCGGAAGCAUCUUUCAAGACACCUCGCUCUUAGAGACCAUCAGGGGGAUUGUUGAGUGGGGCCUUGAGCUUUACGACUGGAACAGAUUCCUUGGUCCUCUUGCCCACGCGAAUCCUCAUCUGCGCGUCUUGGAGGUUGGAGCUGGGGCUGGUUCGGCAACAGCCACAAUCCUGAAAAGCUUGACUACUGAUCACGGUGAUCGUCUCUUUAGUCAAUUUACGGUAACCGACAGCGUACCUGGGCUGGUCAAGCAAUUGGAAGAGCGUUUUGAAAGUGCACCAAAAGUGGAGUACAAAACACUGGAUAUCUCAAAGAGGGUGACAGACCAGGGCUUCACAGAGAAUUGUUACGAUCUAGUGAUUGCGUGCAAUGUCCUAUAUGAGACACCUGUUCUUAUCGAGUCAUUGACGCAGAUCCGCUCUCUACUUGUGCCUGGGGGGCGGUUGCUCUUGUACGAGCCCUGCUCCGAAAUCCCACAUGUUGAUGCCAUCAUGGGGAUUCUUCCAGGCUAUUGGUUGGGCAUGGGCGACUACCGGGGGGACAAGCCUCACGUUUCUGUGGAGCGCUGGGAAGAGGAAUUUUGCCGGGCAGGUUUUUCUGGGCUCGACGGUGUCCGUUACAAUGCACCGGCACCACUCCACUGGCAGGCACUGAUGCUAACAACAAACCCCGAGAUAGAACCUCCACGCGAAUCUAUCAACCUGCUUUGCAGAUCAGAGACAAGGUCUCACUCUUGGAUACAGAGUCUGGCGGGUUGCCUGUCCUCCGAAGGAUAUGAUGUGUGUUGGUGCACUUUUGGAGAAGAGCUCCCCACUGAAGAUGUUAUCGCACUACUCGAUUUUGAAAGCCCAUUCCUAGAUGACAUGUCCCAAUCUACCUACAAUACAAUUCAGGGCUGGAUGUCCUCAGUGAAGCGUCUCCUCUGGGUGACUCAUUCGAUGCAGAUGGAAUGCAAGGACCCUCGGUUUUGCCUCAUCCUGGGCCUCAUGCGCACAUUGCGGUGUGAGUUGAAUGUCGAUAUUGGCACGUGUGAGAUUGACUCAUUUGACGAGACCGCAACUCCUAUGGUGAUUCAAGCGUACAAGCAGCUGGGUAAGCCAAUUCCGGGACAGUCAGUCCGCGAUUUCGAGUUCAUACUAUAUCGGGGCGCAGGCCACACCGGUCGUGCAGCCCUCACCAAGGUCGUAGAUCACCUCCAUGCCACAGAAAAUCCAAGUUCGUAUCUGUUAGAUAUCCAAACUAUCGGAGAUUUGAGCUCUCUUGGAUGGAAACCCAUUCCUAGGGAAGAGGUCGGUCCACAAGACGUCGAAGUCAAGGCCAGUUAUUUGGCGCUCAACUUCAAAGACCUUAUGAUGUCUCUGGGUGUUGUGGAACGAACUAAAACAAUGGAUUUCUGCUUCGAGGGAAGCGGUUUUGUGACUCGCGUGGGAUCAGAGGUGACAACACUCCGAGUCGGUGAUCCAGUCGUCGUUUUUGACCCGCAACCGACGAAGACCCUGGCAGUCUUUCCGGCUGAUCGGGUGAUCCCCGCUCCCAAGCGUCUCACGUUGGCAGAAGCUGCCGCCACUCCAAGUGCUUAUUUGACGGCUAUAUAUACACUGAUAGGUAUUGGAAAGCUGCAGAAGGAUCAGUCUGUCUUGAUUCAUUCCGCGUGUGGUGCAGUCGGACUGGCGGCAGUGCAUAUCUGCCAGAGCAUCGGCGCCGAGGUGUUUGCUUCGGUUGGUAGCGACGAGAAAGUCGAGUAUCUGAUGAAGACAUUUGGGAUUCCACGCUCGCACAUCUUCGAUUCACAUAGUGUUUCAUUUCUCUCUGGGAUCAUGCGGGAAACCAAUAGCAGGGGCGUCGAUCUGGUGCUCAAUUCACUAGCUGGGGAGCUUCUGCGAGCGUCAUGGAAAUGUGUUGCUCAAUUCGGCAAAUUGCUCGAGAUUGGGAAAAGAGACAUCUUGGGUCAUGGCAUGCUGGACCUGAAUGGCUUUCAAGGGUGUCGUUCAUACUGUGGCUUCGACUUGUAUAGUGUGGCCUAUGACGAUGCUGCAACAGCGAGGUGGGCCCUUGAAACAGCUAUCAAGAAGUUAGAUGAAACAGCGCACCGACCUCUGCACACACUUUUCCAAGUGGACCAGGUUGAAGAAGCCAUGCGACAGAUGCAGAAGGGGCAGCACAUUGGAAAAUUCGUGCUUGAAAUGCCUGACUAUGAGAGCAAAUAUCCAUUACUUCCCGCACAGGCCCGGUUCAGUUUCUCGCCGACGUCCUCGUACCUGCUUGUUGGUGGCUUGAGAGGCAUUGGCCGGGCUGUCGUCCGAUGGAUGGUGGAGCAUGGAGCUCGCGACUUCGUAUUCCUUUCUCGAUCUGCCGGAUCCCGCGAAGAGGAUCAGUUGUUUGCUCAAGAGCUUGAAAGUCAAGGAUGCCGCGUGGUGAUGGUGGCCGGAAGUGUAACAGAUGCGGACACCGUUCAGCGCGCUAUUCAAAACAACGGACGUCUAAUCUCCGGUGUUAUUCAGAUGUCAGCUGUCCUGAAGGAUCAACUAUUCGACAAGAUGUCAUACGAAGAGUGGACCACAAGUCUAGCAACCAAGGUCCAAGGGACUUGGAACCUUCACAGUGCUCUUAAGAACCGAUCCCUAGAUUUCUUCAUUGUAUUCAGCUCCGCAGUCAGCAUGAUUGGAAACCCGGGGCAGGCCAAUUACGCCGCUGCGAAUUCCUUCUUAGAUGGGUUUGUUCAGUAUCGUCGAGGACUAGGCCUACCUGCUUCGCUAGUCAGUCUUGGGCCAGUCGAUGAAAUGGGUCUUAUGUCACAACAGCCGGAGCUUCUGUCUAAAGCACGUCAAGCAUCCCACCACAUGAUGGGGGAAGGAGAUGUGCUGAAGGCAUUCCAGCUGGCUCUCCUCUCGGCAACAGAUGGUUUGUCCCCCACGCGUCCGGCAAUAGUGGUCUCUGGACUUUCUCCGGCCGUUAUGACGGGUGAUCCAUGGCUCCAACAGGAUGCGCGGUUUUCCACUCUUCCAACAGGGGCCGACGCAUCAACCACCGGGGAUAUCGACGACGAGCAAUUGCAGCGGCAACUUCUGUCGUUUCGAGACGACCCCACACCCCUAAUUGACGGCUCAUGUGAGGCCUUAAUCAUCGAAAAGCUCGGCGAGCAGAUCGCUACGCAUAAUGGGUUGACCGAGGAGAUGGGCCUAGACCAAUACGGUAGUCUUGAGGUAGAUUCCCUGAUGGGUUUGCAGAUUAAACAUUGGCUGCGCCGUAAGGUGGAGGUAGAGGUCCCGCUCGGGGACAUCAUCAAGGCGAGAACGGUUGGCAACAUCGCCAAGUUGGUUACAGAGACUCUUCGUACAAGAUAUGGGGCGAAGGAGGAAGAUGGCGCCACGGCUUAG